AUGCGUCAAAAUAGAGCCUUAUUAUUGACUGCUGUUGUUUGCAGCUGUCUGAUGAUGUUACUCGAGGCAAGUCAUUCCGUAGAGGCAGCAACCGGACAUCAAAGUGAUGACGGUCGUGAUAUGUAUUCAAUCUCAAACAUGGUAUUCACCAGCGGAAUUGCAAUUUUAGUGAUUUUACUUUCUAUUUUUGUCGUUGCAACCUACAAGAUUUACAAAAGUUAUUUGAAAGUGAAACAUAUUCCUGGAUGUUGGCAGUACUUCUUCUCUCCAGUAAAAAUCCCCUUCUUUGCUCCAUAUUUUUACAUGGGAAAUAAUUUAGAUACAAUCCGCUUGGUGAAACAAUUUGGAGAUAAAGAAAGCAAAGUUGUUAGAGUCUCAAUGGUUGACAGGAACACUGUAUUUAUUGUUAAUCCUGAAAUGUUGAAAGAAUAUUUCUUGACCAAGGGCAAUAGUUUCGAAAAACCUGAAUUUGUCUAUCAAAUGUUUAAUGUUUACGGAGAGAAUAUUUUGUCAGCUCUUAACACGGAAUCAUGGAAAAAACAUUUUCGAGUCUGUAGCCCUGCAUUUUCUUCAAAAAAUUUGGAAUACAUGUGCAAAGUAGCAACACAAUCUUCAGAACUACUUUUCCAAAGAUGGAAUAAGGGAAUUAAGGAGAAUAGCCCAUUUAUUUUACCUCUUGGUAACUUCAGUGAUGUCACUCUUGAUAUUUUGGGAAAGGCAGCUUUUGGUGUGGAUUUCGGAGUGUUCUCAACUGAUGUUGAGGGUACAAAGUUGAGAGAAGCUAUGGAAAAUGUCAUUAACUAUGGAGUUAUUGUUCGACGAUUUGUUGGUGAUCAAUCCAUUUUUUAUCCCGUGAUCAGCAAGAUCUUGGGACUUGAACGGGCUAUUAACUUUUGCGGAGAUAAAUUAGAUGAAAUUAUUCAACAAAGAAAAGAGAUUAUUAAGAAAGACGGAGUUGAUAGUGUCACUCAAGAUAUCUUGAGCUUGUUGUCGAAGCCAACAUGGUAG